UGUGUGGGUCGUGGCUUCAGGGUCCCCCUAAGAAACCCGCAAAUCUCCCCAAUUCCCCCAGUCCUCCAACCCUGUUCACCUUCCAACCAAUCCUCCAGCCGAUCCCAACCCCGAGCAACGUUUCGCCCCCACCCACGCCCGCCACCUUCGCGCCUGACUAAUCACCAGUGCCCUGCAGGUAUCGCGGCAGCAGCAGCAGGUACCUCCCCUAGGAGCCAGUACCUGCAGAAAUGCCAGCAACUGUUCCAGAUCGGUAGUAGGGGGAGCGAAGCCGGAAGUUUCACCUGGCCGAGGGGCGUGGCCGUCGGCCCUGACAACUCCAUAGUGGUGGCCGACUCGUCCAAUCACCGCGUCCAGGUGUUCGACUCCAGGGGGCGUUUCCUCAAGGAGUUCGGCCAAUACGGGAGCGGCGAGGGCGAGUUCGACUGCCUGGCGGGCGUGGCCGUCAACCGCAUCGGCCAGUACAUCAUCGCCGACCGCUACAACCACAGAAUUCAGGUGUUUGACCCGUCGGGGCGCUUCCUGCGCUCCUUCGGCAGCCAGGGAACGUCGGAUGGGCGCUUCAACUACCCGUGGGGGAUCGCCACCGACGCCCUCGGGUUCAUCUACGUGUGCGACAAGGAGAACCACAGAAUCCAGGUUUUCCAGUCGGAUGGCACCUUUGUGGGCAAGUUCGGCACGAUGGGGAGCCGGGAGGGGCAGCUGGAACACCCCCACUACAUCGCCGUCUCCAACACGAACCGCGUGAUCGUCUCCGACUCGAACAACCACCGCCUGCAGGUGUUCGACGUGAACGGAAAGGUGCUGAGCAGCUUCGGCAGCGAGGGCUCGGAGGAGGGGGAGUUCAAGUUCCCGAGGGGCGUGGCCGUGGACGACCAGGGCUACAUCUGUGUGGCCGAUUCGGGAAACAACCGCAUCCAGAUCUUCCAUCCGGAUGGGACGUUCCUGCGCUCGCUGGGCUGCUGGGGCGCGCAGAAGGGCGAGUUCAAGGGGCUGGAGGGCGUGGCCAUGACCCCCGACGGGCACAUUUUGGUCUGCGACCGGGAGAAUCAUCGCAUCCAGGUGUUUUGAGUUCAUUUGCGCUGUCAUUUUUCUGUAACAUUGUGUGCGUAUGCGUUCGUUGAUUGUUAAUAAUGGUAAUAAACUGAUUUUUGAUGA